CCCUUUUGGUUGACAGGGAAAAGAAACAAUAGAAGCCAUAUUCUUGGACAUGCCUGGAAUAAAAGAGGCACUAUGGAACAUGAAAGCCUUCUCUAAAAUGACCAAACUGAGAUUGCUCAAAAUCGACAACGUGCAGCUUUCUGAAGGACCUGAAGAUCUUUCCAAUAAGUUACGAUUUCUUGAAUGGAAUUCUUACCCUUCAAAAUCAUUGCCAGCUGGUUUACAGGUGGAUGAGCUAGUUGAACUUCACAUGGCUAACAGUAGUAUUGAACAAUUAUGGUAUGGGUAUAAGAGUGCAGUUAAUUUGAAAAUCAUCAAUCUCAGCAACUCACUAAACCUGUCCAAGACUCCAGAUCUUACUGGAAUUCCGAAUCUCGAGAGUCUGAUUAUUGAAGGUUGUACAAGUUUGUCUGAGGUCCAUCCAUCACUUGCACAUCACAAGAAGCUUCAAUAUAUGAAUCUUGUGAACUGCAAAAGUAUUAGGAUUCUCCCAAACAAUCUAGAAAUGGAAUCACUUAAAAUUUGCACUCUUGAUGGCUGCUCAAAACUUGAGAAGUUUCCAGAUAUAGUAGGAAACAUGAACGAAUUGAUGGUGCUUCGUUUGGAUGAGACUGGUAUUACAGAACUAUCUUCAUCGAUUCGUCAUUUGAUUGGCUUAGGUCUAUUGAGCAUGAACAGCUGCAAGAACCUUGAAAGCAUUCCAAGUAGCAUAGGUUUUUUGAAAUCCCUUAAAAAACUUGAUCUGUCUGGCUGCUCUGAACUUAAAUAUAUACCAGAGAAUUUGGGGAAAGUUGAAAGUUUGGAGGAGUUUGAUGUAAGUGGAACUUCAAUAAGACAACUGCCAACAUCUGUUUUUCUCUUAAAGAAUCUUGAAGUAUUAUCUUUGGAUGGAUGCAAAAGACUAGCUGUGCUGCCUUCUUUGUCUGGUCUGUGUUCUUUAGAAGUACUGGGUUUACGUGCUUGCAAUCUAAGAGAAGGGGCACUUCCUGAAGAUAUUGGUUGGUUAUCUUCAUUGAGGUCUUUAGAUCUGAGCCAGAAUAACUUUGUUAGCCUGCCUCAAAGCAUAAAUAGGCUUUCUGAACUGGAAAUGCUUGUCUUGGAGGAUUGCACGAUGCUUGAAUCAUUGCCUCAGGUUCCAUCUAAAGUUCAAACAGUAUAUUUGAAUGGUUGUAUAAGCCUAAAAACAAUUCCAGAUCCGAUAAAGCUAAGGAGUUCCAAAAGAUCAGAGUUCAUAUGUCUUAACUGCUGGGAAUUGUACAAUCAUAAUGGCCGAGACAACAUGGGGUUGACCAUGCUUGAAAGAUACCUCCAGGGUUUGUCUAAUCCAAGAACUGGAUUUGGUAUCGCUGUUCCAGGAAAUGAAAUUCCAGGCUGGUUUAACCAUCAAAGUAAGGGAUCUUCAAUUAGUGUGCAAGUGCCUAGUUGGAGCAUGGGGUUUGUUGCAUGUGUUGCAUUCAGUGCAUAUGGAGAAAGACCUCUUCGAUGUGAUUUCAAAGCCAAUGGAAGAGAGAAUUAUCCUUCGCUGAUGUGUAUUAGUUGUAACUCUAUCCAAGUUCUGUCAGAUCAUAUUUGGCUAUUCUAUCUAUCUUUUGAUUACCUUAAAGAGCUUAAAGAAUGGCAGCAUGAAUCCUUUAGCAACAUUGAGUUGUCCUUCCAUUCUUACGAGCGACGAGUAAAGGUGAAGAAUUGUGGUGUUUGUUUGUUAUCUUCUCUAUAUAUUACACCACAACCAUCUUCUGCCCAUUUUAUUGUUACAAGCAAAGAAGCAGCUUCUUCAUAUAAAGCUUCUUUAACUUUUUCUUCAUCUUACCAUCAAUGGAAGGCCAAUGUUUUCCCUGGCAUCAGAGUCACAGACACUAGUAAUGGUGUCAGCUAUUUAAAGUCAGAUCGAUCCCGGAGAUUCAUUAUCCCAGUCGAGAAGGAACCAGAGAAAGUAAUGGCAAUUAGAUCAAGACUCUUUGAGGCCAUUGAAGAAUCAGGGCUGUCAAUUAUUAUAUUUUCAAGAGAUUGUGCUUCUUUACCUUGGUGCUUUGGAGAGCUUGUCAAGAUUGUCGGAUUCAUGGAUGAGAUGAGAUUGGACACUGUGUUUCCAGUUUCUUAUGAUGUCGAACAAUCAAAGAUAGAUGAUCAAACAGAGAGUUAUAAAAUUGUCUUUGACAAGAAUGAAGAAAAUUUCAGGGAAAACAAGGAGAAGGUACAAAGAUGGAUGAAUAUUCUCAGUGAAGUUGAAAUUUCAUCUAGAUCGAGAUCAUUGAAAAGGAAUGGGAAAAGGAAUGUUUGGAUCCAGAAGAGCGAGCACUUGUCUGAGCAGCUGCUGCUGUUUGAGCAGCUGGUGCUGGAGCAGCUGCCGCUUGAGCAGCUGUCGCUUGAGCAGCUGCAGCUGCUUGAGCAGCAGCUGUCUGAGCAGCUGAGUGAGCAGCAGCUGCUUGAGCAGCAGCUGGCUGUGCAGCAGCUUCUGCUGCAUGAGUUUUGGGGAAGAAUCCAACUUGCUUUAGCUUGAAGAUCUUCGUCAGUUUUCCAUGGAUCUAAUUUCUUAUUAGCUCUUGAUUUUUUUUCCUUGUUAAUUACCAUCAAAGUAAAGUGAGUAGUGAUUUCAAGACAUCCUGUGAUCUUCCUUCUAGUUUGCAUGUUCAUCAAAGUAGCCAACACGAGGGAAAAAAUAUAGCAAGGAUUUUCAUCAUGCUAGGACGGGUCCUUGUUUUUGCUCAUGGUUUUGGUUUGGGGUAAUUAGACUCACAUUUUGCAAUCUUGGUUAUCAGUAUAUUUUUAUUUUGGUG